CAUGGCUCUGCCUCCGAGACCACCUGCCUAAAGCUGCUUUAAUCAUGUGCAUCUUUCCUAAAUUUCUCAGUGCUCCUGCUCUUCAGCUAGCUGCUGUCUGGUCAGGUGCUGCGGAGAGGCGAGAUGUGGCUGCUGCUGGUGGCCCUGUGCCUGGCCCAGGGGCUGGGUGAUGCCAUCCCACUUGCUGGAGUGAGCCAUGACAACCCCGAGCAGUCAAUGAACAUCAGCGAGAAGAUCCGUUUCCACGGCUAUCACAGUGAGGAGUAUGAUGUGCUGACAGAGGACGGCUACUUCCUUAGCCUCAACCGGAUUCCCCAUGGCAAGGGGGACACUGGGCACUCAGGAUCCAGGUCACCUGUGUUGAUAGUGCAUGGAUUCAGUUUAGAUGGUGGUGACUGGGUGGACAACCUCCCCAACAGCAGCCUGGGCUUCAUCCUUGCGGAUGCUGGGUACGAUGUCUGGAUUGGAAACAGCCGGGGCAACACCUGGUCCUGCCGGCACCUGAACCUUUCUGUUGACGAAGAGGAGUUUUGGGAUUUCAGCUUCCAUGAGAUGGCUGUGUAUGACCUCCCCGCCCUGGUGGGCUUCAUCCUAAGGCAAACUGGGCAGGAGAAACUGUUCUAUGUUGGCCACGCUCAGGGCAACUCUCUGGGUUUCAUAGCGUUUUCUAGCAUGCCACAGCUGGCUGAGAAAAUCAAACUCUUCUUUGCACUGGCUCCUCUCUACACCUUUCAUCACGUCAAAGGCCCUGUGUUAAAGAUAGCAUUUUUACCAGACGCAGUGUUGAAGGCAAUAUUUGGAACAAAACAACUGACUCUGGUGGGGAGGAAGGAGAGAGCCACCAUUGCCAAGACGUGCAGCAAUCUACUGACAGCUGAAGUCUGUGAAAAUGAGAUCUUCCUCAUUGGCGGGUACAACAAGAAGAACUUGAACAUGAGCCGACUGGAUGUAUACCUAGCUCAUUUUCCAGACUAUACAUCAGUAAAAACUCUUCUCCACUGGGGACAGACUGCCAAAACCGGGGUGUUCAAGCAGUUUGAUUAUGGGGAGAAGAACCAGGAAAAGUACAACCAGGCCAACCCCCCUUUGUACAGGAUAGAAGACAUGAUGGUGCCGACUGCGCUGUGGAGUGGUGGGGAGGACUGGGUGAAUCCCCCUCAGGAGACCCAGCGCUUGCUCCCCCGCAUCACCAAGCUUGUUUUUCAUGAGCACUUCCCUGACUGGAAUCACUUUGACCACCACUGGGGUCGGGAUGCCCCUCAACGCAUGUACAGGCAGAUGGUCACGCUGAUGGAGCAAAAUCCAUGAAUGGCCCAUGUGUUUCCCUGGGAUGGAGGAGCUACCUGUUCCCACGUGCCUGGACACAUAGGUUUUGUGUGAGGGUUGCCAUUCUGCUCUUCCCUUCUUAAAAAUGUCUCCUAUCACCCUAUUUCACACCGACUAUCUCAAACGUAACAGUGUUAUUUCUGCCUGCCCUCUGUGACUACAGAUUGCAAUAAACUCUUGCAUCACAGCCAAGCUUCAACCCUUUGCUUGGUGGGCCUCACUGGGGUUCUGUUUGCACCCCAUUGCUGGGGCGAGGUGUGCAGGAUAAACUGUU